CCAUCUUUCUCUCUCCGACGCUCGCCGUUGCUUCGUGGGAAGAGGGAGGGGAGGGAAUGAAACGGUUUCGGAAUUGGCGCUACCUUCAUUCGGCCCACCUUUUUAGCCAAAGAAAUCGACCAUUGAAGCCGUCUUCGGCGUCUUCCCUCCCUCCCCCUCUCUUUCUCCAUGGCUCUCAUCUAAGCCUUUCUUCUCUGGAGGGAGAAAAAUUCAUUCAGCCUGAAAAAUAAUUCAAGAGCAGGCGAAGAAAAGAACAGCGCGCCUCCGAUCAUCUCCUGCUUCUCGUUUUCCAACCUUUUUAUAAUCUCAGAGGGAGGGAUGGCGCAUAGGGUUGAUCACGAGUACGAUUACCUCUUCAAGAUCGUCCUCAUCGGCGAUUCCGGGGUCGGGAAGUCCAACAUAUUGUCGAGGUUCACUAGGAACGAGUUCUGUCUGGAAUCAAAGUCGACGAUCGGAGUUGAAUUCGCGACAAGGACGCUUCAGAUAGAUGGCAAGACAGUGAAGGCACAGAUUUGGGACACAGCUGGUCAGGAGAGGUAUCGAGCUAUUACAAGUGCUUAUUAUAGAGGUGCCGUCGGUGCCUUAUUGGUCUAUGACAUAACAAAGAGGCAGACAUUUGACAAUGUCCAGAGGUGGCUUCGUGAACUGCGAGAUCAUGCAGACUCCAACAUUGUGAUCAUGAUGGCUGGAAACAAGUCAGACUUGAAGCAUCUGAGAGCCGUCUCUGAGGAAGAUGGUCAGGUACUAGCAGAAAAGGAGGGCCUUUCUUUCCUUGAGACUUCUGCAUUGGAAGCAGUAAAUGUCGAGCAGGCUUUUCAGACCAUUCUCACAGAGAUCUAUCAUAUAGUAAGCAAGAAGGCACUUGCUGCUCAGGAGGCGGCUGCCUCAGCUGGGCCUCCCAUUCAAGGUACCACCAUUAACGUUUCUGAUACUUCAGCAGUGAAGAAAAAUUGCUGCUACUGAUUUUCUUGGACCCCUUCUCCUCUUCUUUCCAUUUUUCCCCUGCUUUUCCAUGAAGAACUCAUGAAAACCCAUUGUAGAGUACCUCUAGUCUGUUAGAAGUGUCGCUAGCAUUUAGGGUACAAGCAGCAUGAUUCUAAGAAUAUAGUUAGGUGGAGAAAAAUGAUGGCUCACCUUUUCUCAGGUUCUCCAGUAACCUGUAAAUGAGUGGAGACACAUGAAUUGAUUCUUGUAAAAGUGUGGCCCUGUCUUCGAUCUGUAAUAAUUCUUUGUUACUACUUAUAAGAGAAAAUUUGAAUCGCCCGAAACUCAAAUUUUCUCGGAAGUGUCCAAUUGUAUUCUUUUUUCUCCUUAAUCUGAACUUACUUUGUUCUUUUCA